AUGCGUGCAGCACUCGCUUUUGCGCCGCCGCGACCGUGGCAAUACUUUAACGAUACGAAACCGAGUGAAGACGAGCUGUCGGCCACACCGACGAUCAAAGCCUACUACGACCUGAGAGAGCCGUGCUGGUUGGAAAGAAGUCUCAAUAGCAAUUACUUGCUCGAACACAAUAUGAUUUCUGCCAUCGCCUAUUUAGACAAGAGGAGACUUUACAUUACUAUAUAUCCAACAUUCCGGCACCAUCUACUAGUCCAUAUAAUAAUAGUGAAAAUGAACAAAGAGGACACAUCUGUCUCGGCGGAUGAUGAGUUACCAGCCCCAUCAACGAGCCAAACAAAUGGGGAUCAACAACCGAAGAAAGGAAUUCUUAAAAGGCCUUCAAUAUUGAAUGAGGAACGAAGAGAUAAGCUAACACCACUUGCCGGUUUUCGUUCUUCGCCGGACCGGUUUGCCGAAAAAGGUCCAACACGAAUACCAAAGUUAGUGACAUGGUGGGAAAAGAAUGCAGUGGCGUUCAUUGGCGAAACGAGCGAUGAGAAUAAUACCGAUUCGGAGCAAUUAAUGAGAGAUCUCGGCGGUGGCCGUCGUGAAGGCUCGCUGAAUACAAAACCAUUGCAAAUAAGGCAAACAGCAAUUUUAGACUCAGAAGAUUCGGAUAUGAAUGACGGGGAGCCGAUAUCUCCUUAUAAUGCUCCCGAUCUCGAUGACACAAUGAGCAUUACAAGUUCAACUGGCAGUGCGACUUCUGCAGUAGUUGGAAGGUGGUGGACUGGAAAAGAUACGAGAUAUGUUCCUCAUUGCCAAAAGAAAGGUUGUAAUCAUGCUAAUCAUUCGUCGACAGGAGAAUAUAUCACUCCAACGCAAAGAAGAAAUAAAGAGUUAGCUCAACUGAAAAAAGAACUCCGUCAGGCAAUUGCUGAACGUGACGAAAAGGAAAAACAUCUUUCAGAUCUGCGGGAUAAAGUUAAAGAAAUUGAAAUUUAUAAUGAAGCUCAAAAUACUUUAUUCGAAGGUCAGAAGACGUUGAAACAGGAACAAUUUGAACGAGAAGCUCUUGAGAAAGAGAAGAAAAUAAUGGAGAAAAAGCAUGCCGUUCGCGUGAAUCAGCUUAUUCAGGAGACAAUGUCGGCGAGGGAAGAGGCGGUCAAAUUGGGCGCGAGAGUCGCACAGCUCGAAGCCAUUUUGAAUUCGCCGAAAACCGAUUCGCAGACCCAAACCGAAAUGGAUUUAGGAGAACGUGAGAGUCUUCUGAAAUCCAAUCCACCGGACCCAUCAGAUCCAAACCAACACGCUUGUAUCAUAUCGCAAACAUUUCAAGCGGAUGCGCCUACCCCAGUGUCUGCGCCAACCCCACAAGAUAAAUUGCUGAGCGGCCCGACAAGUCCAUUAAUUCCUCUGAUGCCACACGAUGCGAAAGGUCAACCAAUCUUUUGUAGUCAGGAGGUACUGACACAUCUUCAAGCCUGUCAGAAUGAGGCAUAUAUUUGGCGCAAUAAAGCGGCACAAUUGGAAAUUGUGGCAAAAGAGCAAAUAUUGAAAAUCGGAAAACUUGAAGAGGAAAUUGAAAAGGCAUCGAGAAAAGUUGUGCCAACAGUCGAAAACAUAAUUACGGUGACACCUCACGCCUACAUCGUCGAAGAGAAAGGCAUCAAAGUAGCCGAUACUGAACAAGAAUUGGAAAUACUGGCGACUAAAGCGGAACUAUGUGAGACGUUGACGAAGCAACUCGAAGAAAUUCGAAGAGAUCAGAGCAAAAAUUUGAGAAAACAACAGGAGGAGAGAGACCAAUAUAAAAAGUCACUCGAGGAAGUAUCCUUAAUAGCAGAAAAGGUUCCUAUUCUUGAAACACAACUGCUUAACCUCACAAAGAAGAAACAUGAUAUGGAACUGGAAUUCAAGCAUGAAAAGAAGGCACUUGAAGAUCAACUUGCACAAAUGCUUGAAAACUCACUAACCAAAAACAAAUCAGAAGUUGAAUACUGGGAUGAAAUGAUUCGAGCCAAUCAAUCCCAAAUUGAAAAGCUGAAACUCGAAAAUGCCGGACUGUUGAAGAGUCUUGAAGAUCAUAAGAUGCAGAGUCAGAUUCAACGAGUUGAAUUGGAAAACAAGCUGAUCAGCAGCAUUGAGCACGUGGAAGAACUUCAAGGCAAAGUGAAUAAGUCGCAGCGAGAUGUGGAAUGUCAGGCGAUUCCAAGACAAAUCAACAAAUAUGUUGGUUGCAAACCGAAUGUGAAAGUAAAAGAGACACAGAUACAAAAAGGUGAUUUCUUUGACGAAAACGAGGAACGCUUAAAAGUUUGCAAUAUCGAACUGGAAACGACCAAGAGACAGGUUGGAGUUCUACAAGAGCAACUGAUCAAUAUCGGUGAUCAAAACGAUGAUUCUCGUAUCAAAGAACGCAUUCAUCGACAGCUGGAGGAAUACAAGAUGUUGAAAGAGAGAUUGACUGAAGUUGAAGAGAAAUUAACAAACCAAGAGCUUACAAACUACAGCAUGGCAACAAAAUUACGCGAAGAAGAGGAGCUCAAAAACUUUUACAAAUAUCGCGAAAAGAAGACCUUUAAAAAGAUGAUGGAUGAGUUUGAAUCGUUCCGUGAUAAAUUAGAUGCGGAAAUGAAAAAUUACAAGAAAGAAAAAGAAUGGCUCCAAUUUCGCAUCAGCAACUUGGAGCAUGAUAAUUCCGAACUGCAAAAGAUGCUCGAGCAUCCUGGAAGUAUUCGUCAAUCAACAUCUACUGAAGAACAUGGACAAAUAAGGAAGGCCAUGUCGGAAACCGAUAUUUUACAGGAUGAUAUUAGUCUGAACAGCGAAGAUGCGGCUAAAAACACAAUGGAAGCAACUGAGGAAAGUGUCACACUUCCUCAAAUCGUGUUACAAUCUCAGCAGCCAUUCUCGCAAUUAUCAGACGUGCUGAAUGUGGUUCGAUCUGAUUUGGAGCAGGUUCUUACUCAAAUCGAUCGUCCGGAAAGCACACCAAAGUCAGAGGAACAUCGAGAUUCUCGAAAGAGCUUACCUCGUAUUCCUGACGAAACUACCGAUAUCAUAAAAGACGUGUUGAGUGAAUGGGCCGAAGACGAAAGAAAACUACUUGAACGACAACUGAAACGAUCGAAAGAGGAGAGAUCAGCAUUAAAGAACGCAAAUGACCGACUAUCUAAAGAAUUGCAAGUAGCACUAGCAGAGCUUAAUGUCUACCGGCAAGAAAAACCACAUAAAGAUGAUGAGCCAAAAAUUUUGCAACGGAGUCAUAGUUUCUCAGACUUCCACGUGUCCAAUUGUUUGGACAAUGAAACUUCCAAAUGGAAAGCUAGAUCUGGAAUAUUGUUUCGAGAAGUCAACCGCAUUCGGAAACAUUUGUCAGACACUUUGGAAGCUAAUAAUGAAUUACGGUACCAAAUUGCCAUUGCCAGAGGAGAGAGAGAACUUUCUAAUUGUUUUGAAAGAGAGCAGUAUCCGCUGUCGCCUUCAUUGAGUUACCAUACCGCCAAUGAUAUUCCAAGAAUUCAAGAAAAGGAUGAUUUGAUCAUUCACGAACAGCAAGAACCAUUCCAAUUAGGAUCUUCUAAAGCUAGCCUUUCCUGUAGUAUUAUGAUUCGUAGUCAAAGCGCUGAAAGGAAGAGCAGGCAGACGACGUACGAACCAUGCUCACGGCAGCGCAGUCGUAGUGCUAACAGGAAACCCACGGUAUCAAAGGAAGAGCUUCAAAAACGUGAGAAAAGGAGAGAAAUGAGAUUGCCAAAAAAUGCAUCACGAUCUUCAUCAGUUGUUUCUCUACAUACGUCACCAAAAGAAUUUGUUGCGAAACUUCCAAUAAUGUCGCAGUCUUGGCAUGAAAAAGCCAACGGCUCCCUGCCUGAGAUGAACAGUGAAUGUGAUGACGGCGAAAAAUAUAGAGUGGUUUCGCUGCGAGAGAAAGUUAUGAAACUCUCAAGAGAAAACAAAGAACUUCACUCAAAAAUUAAUUAUUUGAAAUCACUUGGUGGUGAUCCAACAAGAAUUUUGCAACUUGAAAAGGAGACCGAAGAAUUGAAGCAAACCGUCCGCGGAUUGUUGGAAAAGGUGUCGUCGACGAAUAAUAACAAUUUCGAGAAACAUCUCAAAAUGCUCCAGGACGAAUUGGAUAUUAGAAGACAGGAGAGUGCGAUGUACGAGAAGAAAAUAACGGAAAUCGAGGAUGAGCGCAAAGAGAUGUAUCUGCUGAUGUUCAAGAAGGGACAACAAGCAGCGAGCUUAGAAAUGAAGGAUGAUAAAAUCAUGGAUUCAAUGACGGAGGAUCGAAUCACACUCAAGUUUCUUCAUGAUGCGUUUUAUUAUUAUUUAAUGAAUCGUGGUGACGCACAAGAGCACUUAUCGGUAAUAAUGACAAUGCUUGGAUUUUCGAGCGAACAGAAAAACGAAGUUACCAGCAAAAAACGUGGCCGCUCAAGCUAG